ACUUCCGUCGCAUUUGACCGAAGCGAGGAGAGCGAAGUCACUAGACCAACGCCCUGUUGCGGCGGCGCAUGCGGCGUAGUCGUCGGGGCUCUCUUCGUAGUCAACUACCAUCAGCCGCUACCUCAAUCGCAAGGCAAAGACGCGUAGCUUCCUUCUGGAGAUGGAGGAGGGGAGCCGAUACCGAGAGCAGGAGGAGAGGCGACGGCGGCGGAUGGCCUUCUGCUCCUUGUUAUGCUGCGGAACAUCCAGGGAUGGGAAGGAGCCAGGGAAGAAGGGAUCGCCGACUUGGAGAGUGUUCUCACUCCAGGAACUGUACAUAGCGACGAACAAAUUCAAUUACGACAACAAAUUGGGCGAAGGAGGGUUUGGGAGUGUCUACAGGGGCCGGCUCUACGAUGGAACUCAGAUUGCUGUCAAGAGGCUAAAGGUUUGGAGCAACAGAGCAGAGAUGGAAUUUGCAGCGGAGGUUGAAGUUUUGGCAAAAGUGAGGCACAAGAAUUUGCUGAACUUGCGUGGAUACUGCGCUGAGGGGAAAGAACGCCUAAUAGUCUAUGACUACAUGCCUAACUUGAGUUUGGUCUCCCAUCUUCAUGGUCAACAUUCACAAGCGUGUGCUCUUGACUGGAAAAGGCGUAUGAACAUAGCCAUAGGUUCAGCCGAGGGAAUUGCAUAUCUUCACCACCAUGACACACAGCACAUUAUCCACAGAGAUAUAAAAGCAAGUAAUGUUUUGCUAGACUCCAAGUUCCAAGCACGUGUUUCGGAUUUUGGGUUCGCGAGGCUCAUUCCAGAUGGUGCAACACAUGUUACUACAAGGGUGAAAGGAACUCUCGGCUAUCUAGCACCGGAGUAUGCUAUGCUUGGUAAAGCAUCAGAGAGCUGCGAUGUCUAUAGUUUCGGCAUAUUGCUUCUUGAGCUUGCAAGUGGAAAAAAGGCUAUUGAGAAAUUGAACCUGACAGUGAAGCAACGAAUUGUUGACUGGGCUCUCCCUCUAGCUCGACAAAAGAGGUUCAAAGAAAUGGCAGAUCCGAACCUCAAGGGAAACUUUGUGGAGUCAGAAUUGAGGAGGAUGGUGCUUGUUGGUCUAGUUUGUGCCCAAAGCAAGCCAGAGAAUAGACCUACAAUCCUUGAUGUAAUUGACUUGCUUAAAGGCGAGCCAAAAGGGAAGCUAUUUGAUUUGGAAAACAAUGAAUUGUUCAGGGUGAAUUUCGGCCAUAUACUUUCUAGUUCUCUGGACAGUGCAGACGACAUCGAAGAGGAUUCACAGAUCAACAGAAUCAAAGAACUUGGUCCUUUAAAUGAAACCAUUACAGGUAACACCUAGUGGAGGGAAUAAUAAGAGCUAAAUUCAAGGUGCUGAUAGAUUGCAAGGUGAAUUGUUUCCAUCUUAUUCCCUUCUAUCCUUUUCUUCAAGUUUAUUGGUCAGCAAAGUGAGCAGAUUUUGAGUGACUAUUGUGAAUCAAAAGAAUGUGAGAAGUGAAGAAAAAAGAUGGCUUCUUUGAAAUAGCUUUAUGUAGACAUACAGUACAAAUUGCAAUAUUUUUGGUUCAUUAGAAGCACUAAAAGAGCAGAGUUCUUAA